AGAGCUUGCAAGCUCUGCCGAGCGGCUUUCGAGCCGAACCACUCCGACAAACACCACGUGCCACGCGGCCGAGUUGCACGUGCGUCCGCGGAGCUGUCGAGCUUUUGCGCGUCGCGCUCACCAAUCGAAGCUUUCGUCCUCGAGGAAAGAGUCUAGUCUACGCAGACCUUUCGUUACUUUCCAAAUUCUUUCAAUUCUUAAUCAUCCACUUUGAUCGUUGAAUAUCAUUUCGAUCGACUGUUACUCUGCUACCUGGUUCCGCACACCGAAAACGUACUGGCGAACCAGAAGGAGACACUACUAGUGCUCUGUGAUACUUGGAACAUUGGCAAAUCGAGCGGAGAACGUAGCUGGAGGAAGAAAGUGUAGAGACUUUGACAGAAUCACAAGAAAACGAAAUCCAAGGGCGACAUCCAAAGGGUGAUAAAAAAUGACGAUGGAUGUGAGUAAAAGCGAGCCGAGCAAGAACGGGACUGUUCAACAGGAAUGCGCUGGUUGUGGAAAAGUAAUUACGGAGAGGUACCUUCUGAAGACAUUGGACAUGUUCUGGCACGAGGAUUGCCUAAAAUGCAGCUGCUGUGACUGCAAACUCGUGGAAGUUGGCUCGACCCUCUAUACAAAGUCCAAUCUCAUACUGUGCAAGAAGGAUUAUCUAAGACUGUUCGGAAGCAGCGGACACUGUGCUGUGUGCAAUAAAAUCAUACCGGCUUUCGAGAUGGUGAUGAGGGCAAGGACCAACGUGUAUCACCUGGAAUGUUUCGCUUGUCAACAGUGCAAUCACAGAUUCUGCAUAGGCGAUAAAUUUUAUCUUUGCGAGAACAAAAUUCUGUGCGAAUACGACUACGAGGAGAGACUAGUUUUCGCAAACAUGGCACUACAUCCGCCACCGACCGCUACGUUGGCGCAUAUCAAGAGACAAGUGACCCAUCUUCAGCCACAGACAAUAUCACCGGGAGGCCCGCAGAGACAAGCGAACGGAGAGACAACCCAUAACCACAAUGGGUAUCCCGCGCUGCCGAGCUUGAGCAACCAUAACAUCCUGAACCCCAUGAAUAAUUUAAAUGGUAUCAAUGCACAAGCACCUUACGAUACUAAAUGACAAACAAAGUAAACGCCUACUGUAUCGAUCGAAUCGCGAAUCGCGUUGCCAAAUUUCUUUAACGAACACGGACGUCUUCUAUCAUCAUUAUCCUAGUAGCCAGUUCUCGGAGUCGUUACUUGAGAAUCUUAAAAAAGAUCUGCUUUCGCGUCUCGAGGUUCGUUAAAAAAUAAGUUUAACACGUUGACUGCCACGAUGAAAAUUAUUAAUAAUAAUAUUACCUACAUAAAAUUUUCUUAGUUUAUUUAAUUCUGCAAUCUUCACUGCAGUCAACGCGUUAAAAAAAAAAAAAGACGAUCGAAUCACGCGUAGAUGCACGUUAACGAUUAUUAUCAAGAAUCCUAUUUCUUCGGAAUCAUAGACAUUUAAGGCGAUACCUAUCGCGUGACGAUUUUUAACGAACGUCGGUGAAUCGUCGACUCGCAUUCACUCAGACUGUACUGAACAAUUUACUCGCGCGACUUUAUCGUGAAUACGAUAUGCGUCCAAAUACUUAUUUAUGAUAAGGUGUAUCGACAAGUAACCAUAUUCUGUCGCAUUAGGCGACAUCCUAAGGCUGUACGAGCGAAGCGCGCGAGGGCUAUUGGUGCUGUUUUAGACGAAAUUUAAUUGUUCGAAUCUCGCAGGCUAAAUUAGAACGUAAAAAAUCAAUGUACGGAUGUUGAAGAACGGAAAGGAGAGGCGAUGGAAGAGAAAGAGAGAGAGAGAGGGAACAGGUUAGAGCACACAGGGAAACAAUGCGGGUAAACCGAAUGCUCAGGGGUGAUCAAAGUUUGCCCGUUCUUGUAGUCGACUUUGCUGUCCGUUGCGGGCAACGCCGGUAAAUCUAGCUUUACCGGACUACCGGACCAACGGACUACCGGAGGUAGAACUCGAGGAAUGGCCACGGGGUGAAAUUGGUGAGCGAGGUCGAACUUGGCAGAUCGAAUCGGUAGCUGGUCUUCGGCAUCGAAACAGGGCCUCGCCACCCCUUGGGGCUCAUACGUUAAGGGGUGACUUAAGCAUUGUUUCAACUUCGAAUCUCUCGCUAGAGGGCCAGAUUGAUGUCACGAACUUUUCCGUUGCCUUAUUUGCGAGUCAGAUAACGAGGCUGAGUUAUGCCGAAAGUUCUCUCUUUCUCUCGGCUUGGCCGGGCGCUAUCAGAGACGAGCAGCGACCGGAGAAAAUGUUUUAUUCCCUUUUCCAUGCCAUACACUACGAGAGAUUUGUCGACGACACGGCUACAGAAAGAGUUUCGAAAUCUCUCGAACGGUAAUAGGCUUAUGUCAUUGUCAGACACGAUAAUUUUCGGUAGAACUGAAUAUCUGGGAUUCUUCCGCGUUAAUAGAUCGAUUACUAGGUCGAAAUUACAUUCUUUCUUUCUUUCGUAAGGGCAAUAUUGUAUUAGGUAUAAUAAAUACUGCCAGGAUACUUGACAACCACGCGUAGUUCCUAACGCUAAGCGUCUCUGAGAUAAAAAUUGUAAUGGUUAAAGAGAAGAAAAAUUGUAUACUGUCGUACGACUACUAACCGAUUGUCUAAUCAAAUAAUUCGUAUAGAUUACGAUUAGUAGAGUCAACCAGGAUAUCAUACGUCAUCGGUAAUAUAAUCUAUAUUGAGUCGUUCCAUAAAUAAUGUCGUUUCUCGAUCAAUCAACGAGUUAUUUUUAUUUUUAUCCGUCGAAUACCAACCACUUUUCGUUUACCUAAUUCGAAAUAAUCCAUAAAUUAUUUAUGGAACGAUCUAAUAACUAACAUCGGCGAACGAAUCAUCAGAAUUGUAUGCAAGCUGCUUAUGUAACGAGGUUACAACCGCGUCUGUCUCGUCUCGAACGCAAAUGUAUGCACGAUGCAUGUAAAGAAAAAGUUUCGAUCGAGGAAUACGUAAGGAAGCGUGUACGUUCGCUAGCAUAGACACGUUUUGCAUGAUAGUUCUAUC